UUUACAUGGCGGAAGAUGACAGUGCCUAAAGUGACUCACGUUGCUAACAGUUUGACGAGUAAGUGUCAAACAAGGAAGAUGAACGCUGAAAAAGGGGACAAUGAGGAGCCCAGUGGACCAGUUGGAACAAUUAAGAAGACUUUGGGGAAGGUAACCUCUGAAGGCUUGAUUGAGCUCCCUCCAGAGCCUGGUGCUGUUAAAUUUGAGUGUCAAGGUAUUUCAAGGCCUAGUUCCAGCACAGCUGUCAGAGUUGGGAGUGCAGGACGUGUAGAGAGGAGCCUUCAACUUGCAAGGAAAAAGGAAUUAGCAGAUGAGAUUCCAACAAGAUGUAAUAGCGCUGGAGCUGAGAUGAUUUCUCUGGCUAAGGUAAAACACAGCAAACAAAUACAGGAAAUGGAAAACUCCCUAAGACAGGCUGCCAAGGUUUCCAAUAAUGAAGACAACACUGAUAGUGACUCAUCAUCAUCAUCAUCAUCAGAGGAAAUUCAGGAGGAAAAAGAGAGAACAGCUAAUCAAAUCCAAAACAAUGAACCUUUAGAUGAACUCAAAGCAGAGUUCCUAACUACUGUCAUGGAUGAAAACUAUGAAAAAGCCAAGGAGCUCUGCCAAAAGAUUCUUCUUCUGGAACCAGAUAACAAAUUAUGCAGUGAAUUUCACGCUGUCAUCGUGGAAAAAAUUAAACAAGAUGCAGUUAGUACUGAAGAUAGCGAGGAUGAAGAUGAGAGUGAUGAGGAAGAUGGUAAUGAUGAAAAAAGUGGUGAUUCAGAUGAUGAUGGCGAAGAGAGCAAUGACUCAGAUGAUGAUGAUGAUGAUGAUGAUGAUGAUGAUGAUGAUGAUGAUGAUGAUGAUGAUGGAGAUGAUGAAGAAAGUGAUUCUGGUGAUGACUACUCAACACCAUCAGGUCCCAUUAACCUAAUCAUGGGUGGUUUGCCAAUCAAACCCCACAAUAGGUGACAAUUAUGGUGUGGUUUGGAUGGUCAAAAAGUUAAGUUUGACAAGGACCAAACGAAAAACUCGGUUAUUAAUUCUGAAGUAUUCUGCCUUUUUUGUUUGUUUGUUUUCCUUUUUUUUCCAACAGAAUAUCAAAAACUGCUUUAUUUUCACAACUUGUUGUAAAGGGAAUUUUUCUCGUUUUAUAUAUACAUUCAAACAGUCAAUAAAGUAUGUUAAAACAUG